AUGGCAGCACCACAAGGGGGUUAUCCGCCCCAAGAAGGGUAUGGUCAGCCUGUCGGUUACGGAACUCCCGAGCAACAACAGCCCGCGGGGCAAGGGCAGGCUGGCGCACGAAAGAAGAGACAAUAUGCAGGCGAAGCCUUUGACUUCGGCUCCGGUGCCAAUGCUGCCUUAGGAGGCCAGUUACCGGGCGGUGGUAGCUAUGGAGCUUACCCGGCGCAAGCACCAGCCGCUGCGGGAUACCAGCAACCGGCCUACGCAGACCCUACUCAGAUGCACGCUGCUGCCCCGGCUUACGGGGCGCCCGCCUCCCCGCCGGUCGCACAGAUGACCCAGCAGUUCGGUGCUAUGGGAGUCACCGAUCCACACUUGAUGCCGCCGCAGCCCGUGGCUCAAGCCCCCCAGGCUCCGCGGGCAGUCCCUCUCAACCAGCUCUAUCCUACCGACCUCCUCACUCAGCCGUUCAAUGUUGCCGAACUUGACUACCCCCCGCCUCCUAUCGUUCUGCCGCCGGGUACCAGCGUUUACCCCUCUCCGUAUGCCAAUUGCCCCCCGAAAUACGUUCGCUCCACGUUGAAUGCUGUUCCUACGACGCACUCGCUCCUGAAGAAGUCCAAGCUGCCUUUUGCGCUCGUCAUCCAGCCAUAUGCAGCGCUGCAUGACUCCGAAGAUCCCAUCCCAGUCAUUCCCGAUCAGGUCAUUUCCCGUUGCCGACGCUGCCGCUCCUAUAUCAAUCCCUUCGUCACAUUCCUCGACCAUGGACACCGCUGGCGUUGUAACAUGUGCAACCUGACUAAUGACGUACCUCAAGCCUUCGAUUGGGAUACUGCUCUUCAGAAGCCUGCGGACCGUUCGCUGAGGGCUGAUCUCAACCAUUCGGUCGUGGAAUUUGUCGCCCCUCAGGAGUACAUGGUUCGCCCUCCUCAGCCGCUAGUCUAUCUGUUCUUGAUCGAUGUCAGCUAUGCUUCAGUUACCAAUGGUCUGCUCGCGACAAGUGCACGGUGCAUCAAGGAAAGUCUCGAUCGGAUCCCGAACGCCGACCGUCGCACCCGACUCGGCUUCAUCGCGGUUGACUCCAGCCUCCACUACUUCAGCAUCCCUCGGGAUGGGUCGGACAACUCGGACCCCAGAAUGCUGGUUGUCAGUGACUUGGACGAGCCUUUCUUGCCCAUUCCGGGUGAUCUUCUAGUGACCUUGAGCGAAUGCCGGGAGAACAUUGAGUCGUUCCUCGACAAGCUGCAGGAGAUGUUCCAGAACACCCAGAGCAACGGCUGUGCCAUGGGCUCCGCUCUGCGCGCUGGUUACAAACUGAUUUCUCCUGUGGGCGGUAAGAUGACCGUGCUUAGUUCUUCUCUGCCUAACAUCGGCCACGGCGCUCUCACCAUGAGAGAAGACAAAAAGGUCCUUGGCACCAGCAAGGAGAAUGCGCUUCUGCAAACAGCAAACAGCUUCUAUAAGAGCUUUGCCGUGGAAUGCUCCAAGGCACAGGUCUCUGUCGACAUGUUCUUGUUCUCCUCUCAAUACCAGGACGUUGCGUCUCUCAGCAACCUGCCUCGGUACACUGGUGGACAGACGUACUUCUAUCCGGGCUGGAACGCCGCUCGCCCAGAAGAUGCGAUCAAGUUCGCCCGCGAGUUCUCCGAAUACCUUUCAUCUGAGAUCGGUCUGGAGGCUGUGCUCCGUGUCCGCGCUACCACCGGCCUCCGCAUGAACACUUUCUACGGAAACUUCUUCAACCGCAGUUCCGAUCUCUGCGCUUUCCCCGCCUUCCCCCGCGAUCAAGCGUAUGUGGUUGAGGUUGCCAUCGAUGAGACAGUCACGAAACCUGUGGUCUGCUUGCAGACCGCCGUCCUUCACACCACUUGCAACGGCGAGAGAAGAAUCCGCGUUUUGACUCUGGCGCUUCCUACCACCCAAAACCUGGCCGACGUCUUCGCCUCGGCGGACCAGCAAGCAGUCGCAACCUACUUCAGCCACAAGGCCGUCGAGCGGGCUCUGGGAAGCGGUCUGGAACCCGCCCGGGACGCCCUCCAGGCCAAGGCCGUGGAGUUGCUCUCUACCUACCGCAAGGAAUUGGCCGGUGGAAGUGUGAGCGGCGGUGGUCUCCAGUUCCCUGCUAACCUGAGAGCACUCCCCGUUCUUUUCCUUGCCAUGAUCAAGAAUCUCGGGCUUCGCAAAUCUGCCCAGAUCCCCACCGAUAUGCGCUCUGCGGCUCUCUGCAUGCUCUCUACGCUUCCCCUUCCUCUCCUCAUCCAAUACAUCUACCCGAAGAUGUAUUCCCUCCACGACAUGCCGGACAACGCUGGGUUGCCCGAUGAGCAGACCGGCGAAAUUGUCCUCCCUCCUCCAGUCAACCUGUCGUCUGAGCGGGUGGUUCCGUAUGGCCUCUACCUCAUCGACGAUGGCCAGACGCAGUUCUUGUGGGUCGGACGCGAUGCGGUGCCUCAGCUGAUCGAGGAUGUGUUUGGGCUGGCAGACCGAUCGCAGCUCCGGGUGGGCAAGCAGAACCUGCCGGACUUGGACAACGAGUUCAACCAGCGGGUGCGUGCGGUGGUCGAGAAGAGCCGGGAUCACCGGUCGAAGGGGGUGGGCAGCAUUGUGGUGCCGCACCUGUAUGUGGUCAAGGAAGACGGCGAACCGGGGCUCCGCUUAUGGGCGCAGACGAUGUUGGUGGAAGACCGUGCGGACCAGAGCGUCAGUCUGGUGCAAUGGAUGGGCUCCUUGCGGGAAAAGGUUUGA